AAAUAAUGCUAAACCAGAGUGAGGUAGAUCUGACCAUAGUUGGCGUCCAACUCACUCCAUUUUCUCCUCUAUAAAUAACCAAACCCUAGAGCUAGCUCUGCAAAGCUCAUCCCUGUUGCAUCUCUAGGCGUCUUGAUAAACGCCUUUUGAUUCUUCGCAACCAAAAUGAGAGAGUGCAUCUCAAUCCACAUCGGUCAGGCCGGUAUUCAGGUCGGAAAUGCAUGCUGGGAGCUCUACUGCCUCGAACACGGCAUUCAGCCUGAUGGCCAGAUGCCCAGUGACAAGACAAUUGGAGGAGGUGAUGAUGCCUUCAACACCUUUUUCAGUGAAACCGGUGCAGGGAAGCACGUUCCUCGUGCUGUCUUUGUUGAUCUUGAGCCGACUGUGAUCGAUGAAGUACGCACUGGUACUUAUCGCCAGCUGUUCCAUCCCGAACAACUGAUCAGCGGUAAAGAGGACGCUGCUAACAACUUUGCUCGUGGCCACUACACAAUUGGAAAGGAAAUUGUUGACUUGUGCUUGGACCGAAUCAGGAAGCUUGCUGACAACUGCACUGGGCUCCAGGGUUUCCUCGUUUUUAAUGCUGUCGGUGGCGGUACCGGAUCUGGUUUGGGUUCUCUGCUUCUUGAAAGACUUUCUGUCGAUUACGGAAAGAAAUCGAAGCUUGGGUUUACCGUGUACCCGUCCCCACAAGUGUCAACAUCUGUUGUUGAGCCCUACAACAGUGUCCUUUCAACCCACUCUCUAUUGGAGCACACUGAUGUCGCCAUCCUUCUUGAUAAUGAAGCUAUUUAUGAUAUCUGCAGGCGAUCUCUUGACAUCGAGCGACCCACCUACACCAACCUUAACCGCCUGGUCUCUCAAGUUAUUUCUUCCUUGACCGCAUCUUUGAGGUUUGACGGUGCUUUGAAUGUUGAUGUGACUGAAUUCCAAACCAACUUGGUCCCCUACCCGAGGAUCCACUUUAUGCUUUCCUCAUACGCACCUGUGAUUUCAGCCGAGAAGGCUUAUCAUGAACAACUAUCGGUUGCUGAAAUCACCAACAGUGCUUUUGAGCCGUCCUCUAUGAUGGCAAAGUGUGACCCGCGUCACGGCAAGUACAUGGCUUGCUGUCUGAUGUACCGUGGUGAUGUUGUCCCCAAGGAUGUGAAUGCUGCGGUUGCAACCAUCAAGACCAAGAGGACCAUCCAGUUUGUUGACUGGUGUCCUACUGGUUUCAAGUGCGGUAUUAACUACCAGCCACCGACUGUGGUGCCUGGAGGAGACCUGGCUAAGGUGCAGAGGGCUGUUUGUAUGAUCUCCAACUCGACUAGUGUGGCUGAGGUGUUCUCUCGCAUUGACCACAAGUUUGACCUUAUGUAUGCUAAGCGUGCUUUCGUGCACUGGUAUGUGGGUGAGGGUAUGGAGGAAGGUGAGUUCUCUGAAGCUCGUGAGGAUCUUGCGGCUCUGGAGAAGGAUUACGAGGAGGUUGGCGCAGAGGGUGCCGAGGAUGAUGAGGGUGAUGAUGGAGAGGAAUACUAGUCAUUUGUGUUUGGAUUGUUAUGGAUGUUUGCUUUUGUGUGUUUGUGUCCUUGUGACAUACUUAUGUACUUUCAUUGUUGCUGUCUUCUACAUGUUUUUUGUUUGGUUUUAAUUAAAAGCAUUUAAUGCAACAAUUAUUGUUCUGAACUA